CUGGGGGCAGUGGGCGGGGCCGCUGAGCAGGGAGAGGAGAUAAAGUCCUGGCUGCGGGCGGGUCAGUAAGCUGUUGGCUGCAGGCAUUUCAGUCAUGGCUUCAGCACAGUCUGUGCUCAUAUUUGCUGUGUGUGUUCUAUUGAUAUCUGAAAUAAUACUUGCAAAGAAGACUUAUUAUGAAAUAUUGGGGGUUCCAAAAAAUGCUUCAGAGCGACAGAUCAAAAAAGCUUUUCAUAAACUUGCAAUGAAAUACCACCCUGAUAAAAAUAAAAGUCCUGAUGCUGAAGCAAAGUUUCGGGAAAUAGCUGAAGCAUAUGAGACACUUUCUGAUGAAAAUAAACGGAAAGAGUAUGACCAGUUUGGGCAUGAUGCUUUCGCAAAUGUUGGAAAGGGUUCGAAUGACCAGCACUUCCACCAACCUUUCCAUUUCAAUUUAGACGACCUUUUCAAGGACUUUGACUUUUUUGGUGAGAGUCAGCACACUAGAUCUAAGAGGCAAUUUGACAGCCAUUUUAGGAGCCAACAGGAAUCUCAUAAUAGACACAGACGUCACUUUGAAGACUUUUCCUUUGGAGGAGGACUGUUUAAUGACAUGUUUGAAGAUAUGGAGAAAAUGUUUACUUUUGGCAGCUUUGAUAACGCUCAGCGACACAACGCAAGAGCAGAAAAUGUGUUUAGUGGGUCCAGCAAACAUUGUAGAACUGUCACCCAGCGUAGAGGAAACAUGGUUACUACCUACACAGAUUGCUCAGGACAAUAAAUGCUGUUUGUGUACUAAAACUCAAGUUAUAGGUAACAAAGUUGCGCUCUAAUGAACAGUCUGCUAUUAAGCUUUUAUUCUAGACUUCAGAAGUACUGGAGAGUGGUAGCAGAGUAUAAAGCAAUUUUCAGCAAUCAAUUUGUGUUUACAAUGAGCAACUCACCAUGGAAGACUGAAAUCAACAUUAGUAGGGUGCUAAAUAUUUUCCUAGUGGCUAUUUAUUUGAAAAUAUGUACAAAUGUCUCAGUUGCAUUGGGGGAGUCUACAAUCUCAAACCUAAAAGCUAUUUCUGUGUGUUCCAAAUCGGUUUUUGUAAUCUCUUCUUGCAUGAGGAAAUGGGCAAUAACUAAACGUAUUCUUGUGUUUUUAAGGUUCUAGAUUUUAUAGUAAUCUAUGCAAAUUUGAUUUCUAUUUACAUAUUUUCUUCCGUGCUGUAAAAGCUGUUCUUCACCUAACAGUCCUUUUUUGAGUUUUCAGAACUUUCUGAAGUCAACCGAAUGAGUGUUUGUCUUGCUCUUUCCAGACAUUCCUAACACAUCAGAAAUGCUGAACAUGCUUAGUCCUAUGACAUUGUAUCCGUACACCUAGAAUAGUGGAAAAUUGAGAUGGGAAAUUGACUAACUUUAAACCCAAAAUUGAAGUAUUUCUCCAAUCUGGCCUUAUUUUGUUUCUUCCCUUCUCUGUGAUUCCCAUUUUAGAGUGACACCGUAGGCACCAUAACUGUCUCUUCUGAUUGAAGUAGUUAUAGUAUCUGGAUUCCUCUGGCUCUGCCUUUCCAAUCAGCAUGGAACCGUUUUUUAAUAUUUCAAUGCUUAACAAUAAUCAUGGCAACAUAUCCCCUCUGUGCUCCCUGGACUGAGUAAUCAUUAGCCAAUCAGACUUCUAUUGCUGCUUAGGCUAAGUGUGCCAGCAGACUGCAAUCAGCCUAUCACAGUGCCACUGCAGGCUACGGGAAGAUGCUCCUUCAAUGUUAAAGUGCUCAGAAUGGUUUGACCCUGAAUGGAGGAAGUGUCAGGCACAAUAACAAACUCAAUGCGAUUACAUAGUUUUAGUGCUUACAGCAACUCCAGAUGUUGCUGAACUACAACUCCCAUGAUUCUUUGAAUGAAAUAGCCAAUCAUGGGAGUUGUAGUUCAGCAACAUCUGGAGGGCCAGAGUUUGAACACCCCUGACUUAUUCUAGUGUCCCAUUACAGAAUGUGCUCAUUUAGCCCUCCGCUCUCGUUUGGUGGCAUGGGAAAUAAUGGCCACUGCAAAAAGAAAGUUCCAACUUGUUUUGCUUUCUCAGAAGAAUGAAAACGUUUUAAAAUUGGCAUUUAGCACUUUCAGCCUUUGCAUGUAGUGUAUCAUUAAAUCUUUACAUGGUAUGUGGUCCCAUUUCAAGUGCACUCGACCAAGGCAGUUUAAAAUAAAUAUGCAUAUACUUUUUUUUUUUUUUCUUCCCCAAUAAUAUGAACAAAUGCUGCGCUCAAAAUGUUAUUGGGCUUCUUCUGCUCCUCAAACUUUCUUGAUUUGUUUUUUCUCCUAACAAGAAACAAAUCUUAGACUUAAAUCCUAACUUUACUUGCAAGGAGUCAAUCCAUUGAAUGAGGUUCAUGUCCGCAUAUAGUGAAACCUCUUUAAAGGACCAAACUUCUGGAAUAAAAGGGAAUCAUGACAUGUCACACGUCAUGUGUCCUUAAGGGGUUAAUCUAUCAAAGGGGAUAUCUCAAAAAGGAAUAGACCCCCACAUUCCCUAAUAAAGGAAAGCACUGCAGCAUUUUGUCCUUGACAUGGUUAUAGAACACGCGUGUUGCAUUUCACAUUGACUUUUUUAUUUCUAAAAAUUUGAAUUUUCUUACAAAUCUUCCAUGAAACUGUAUUUUUGAAGACUCUGCUUUUUAGAAUUAGUGUACACAAACUAGUUGUUUAUGGCAACCAAUACUAGCUCUUAAACAUUCUACUCGCAGAUGUGCUUGUUUGGAUUGAUUUUUGGUUUUUUCCUUGUCAAUCUUUUAAUUUGGUACUUGCCUUGCCUGACGUUUCCUGAAAGGUUAUUUAACCUAUAUUCUUUGGUAAUGCUUCACUUUUUAAUGUGAAACAUUACAAAACGUGCAAUAUCUUACAGUAUAUUUCCUUUCCUUGUGUGCAAAGUGAUCAAAUGUUCUAUUCUUUUUGUGUUUUAACAAUUUAAUUCUGCACUUUGUCUUUACCAUACUCCAUAUGAAUAUAAAUCCUAUG